UGGGCAGCGCGUCAAACCAACGAUAUUAUGUUGACACAAACGUAUGAAUGUCGAGGAAGUAGAGUUACCCGACGUCAACUUGAGUCGAAAUGCAAAUAUGUUCGAAAUUACAUUAUAUUUUUCAAGACUUUUCAAGCAAUAACUGACUAUAAGUGUUGUAAGCAGCCAUGCCAGCUCAGCCCGCUGCAAGGGAGCCAGAGGAGGAGAUGGAGGCUGACCCUGAGGUUCCUCAAACUAAUGGGGAGGUGGAGGAGGAGCGAGAGAGAGCAGAAGCGGAGGAAACCAUGGAGGAGAGUGGAGAGGACCGGGAUAGUGACCUGGAGGAGAGUGAGGCAGAGGAAGAGGAGGAAGAAGAGGAAGAGAGUUCAGAAAUGGACGAUGAAGAUUGUGAGAGAAGACGAACACAAUGCCUAGACGAAAUGUCUGACUUGGAAAAACAAUUUAUGGAGCUAAAAGAAAAGCUCUUUCAAGAACGUCUAAACCAGGUCAAGAUGAAGCUGGAUGAGGUUUUAACAGGAAAGGCAGGAGAGUACAGAGAACCUCUGGCAACACUGCAACAGAAUCUACAGCAGAGAACACAAGUAGCAGGUGUGUACAGAGAACUCUGUCUGCAGGUGGUCAGACACAAACAUGAAUGUGAGGUACAAGGGGCCAGACAACACCUUGAGAGUGAGAAGACACUUUUGUUUGAUGCCAUGAAAUCAGAACUUCUGGAGAAGAUACGCAGAUUGGAAGAGGACAAACAGAGUGUAGAUAUUACAUCAGAGUGGUGGAAUGAUGGAGUGAGGAUGAAGAAGUGCAAGAGGAGGAGUCACCUGAUUCGCACAGAAAGGAAGAAGAAAGCAGCACUAGUGUCAGGGCCGUACAUAGUGUAUAUGCUGAGAGACAUUGAUAUACUGGAGGACUGGACUGCCAUUAAGAAGGCUAAAGCAGCGCUGAUUCCCUUGAAGAAAAAGGCAGACAACAGGCAGAUUUCAGUGAAGUGUGAAGGUGGGACUCUUUUCUAUGAUGGAGAGAGAUUCUCCAAAGGCAGCAGUGUCUUUCUAGAAGUCAGCGACGACACCCCAGCACAGGCUGUAAUAACGGGGAUCAGCACAGGAGAGAUCUGGUUCAAGCACACAGAUGGCAGCAAAACCAAAAUCUACGUCUCCCAGCUUCAGAAAGGCAAAUACACCAUAAGAAAGGCUUAGAGUCUAGUGAAGACACUCAGCAAGUGUCCUGUUCUCAUCCCCCCUGUUGUGGCAGUGUGACGGGGCCAGUGAGACAAACAAAGAAUGGCAGAACAUUCCUGAAAAUAAAAGGACAUUUAAAAAAACCUCAGGACCCACCACUGCGAUGACACACACAUUCACACGUGACCAUAAGCAUAAAGGCAGACACGCACUUACCAGUCAUCUGCAUUACACACUCACAGACACGCACUGCUGGACCACCUGUCCUUGCUACCACACAGCCUCAGGGACGAAUUCACUGAUAAGAGCGAGAGAGAGAG